AAUGUCUCCCCGGUGGUGGAGAUAUCGUGCUUUCCUCACCAAACCCCUCUAUUCUUUACUCAAAUUAAGACACUUCUGCCAAUCUGCCACCGAUCCCAUUUCGAAUUCCCAGUCAGUUGUGAAAACAGUCAGCUCAUUAGUCCAGGAAUCAUUUUUUCAACAGAAGCAAAAAUCCCAUUUCGGGCCAGUACUUGCCAACCUUAACAUGCCUAUAAGUCCCGAAUCUUUAACCCAAGAAGAGGCCAUUACUAUAGCUGCAUCUUUGGCUAAUGAGUCAGGCUCAAUGGUUGCACUGAGUUUCUUUUACUGGGCAAUUGGUUUCUCGAAAUUCAGGCAUUUUAUGAGGUUUUACAUUGUUUUAGCUAUGUGUUUGAUGAAAAAUGGGAACUUUGUGAGAGCCAAUGAAGUGAUGCAUUGUAUGGUCAAGAAUUUUGGUGAGAUCGGGAUGCUAAAGGAGUCUGUCGACAUGGUGCUUGAGAUGCAAAAUCAAGGCUUGGUUCUCAGUGUUCAUACUCUGAAUUGUGUCCUAGGUGUUGCUGUUGAGAUGGGGUGCGAUGAGGUGGCUGAGGAUGUGUUUGAUGAAAUGUCUGAAAGAGGGGUUUGUCCUAAUGCUUGCACUUUUGAAACCAUGGUUGUUGGUUAUUGCAGGAUGGGCAGAGUUCUGGAAGCGAAUAGGUGGCUGGUUUCAAUGCUGGACAGGGGUUGUCUUGUGGACAAUGCAACUUGUACUUUGAUUACGAGUGUGUUCUGUGAAAAGGGUUAUGUGAGUAGAGCACUGUGGAUUUUUAAUAAGUUGGUUGAUGUGGGAUUUGCUCCAAAUCUGAUAAAUUUUACUUGUUUGAUCAAUGGAUUAUGCAAGAGGGGCAGUAUUAGGCAAGCAUUUGAAUUUUUGGAGGAAAUGGUUCGAAAGGGUUGGAAACCAAAUGUAUAUACCCAUAGUAUUUUGAUUGAUGGUCUUUGUAAAAAGGGCUGGACUGAUAAAGCAUUUAGGCUUUUCUUGAAGCUUGUUAGAAGUGAUAAUUACAAGCCCAAUGUGCAUACUUAUACAGCUAUGAUUGCGGGGUACUGCAAAGAAGAAAAGUUAAACCGAGCUGAGAUGCUGUUGAGCAGAAUGCAAGAGCAGGGAUUAACUCCUAAUGUCAAUACAUACUCCACUCUUAUUGAUGGAUACUGUAAGAUGGGGAAUAUAGGCCGUGUGUAUGAGUUGAUGAACACAAUUCGUAGAGCUGGUCUAGCUCCUAAUAUUUGCACCUAUAAUACAGUUAUCAAUUGUCUUAUUAAGAAGGGAAAGGUUAGUAAGGCUCAUAAAUUGCUCAAAAGAGGUUUCAGAAAUGGACUUUCUGCUGAUAUAGUUACAUAUACUAUUCUCAUUUCAGAAAGUUGCAAGCAAGCAGACUUAAGGCAAGCAUUAGCACUGUUUAAUAAGAUGGUAAAAGCUGGUAUAAUGCCUGAUGCGCAUGUGUACACUACCUUGAUUUCUGCUCUCUGCAAAGAAAACAGAAUGGCAGAAAGUGAAAAGCUGUUCGAUGAUGCUUUCAUCAAGCUUGGCCUGGUUCCGACUAAACAAACUUAUACAACUAUGAUAUCUGGAUAUUUCAGAGAUAAAAAUGCUAGCAUGGCCUUGAAAUGUUUUCAAAAUAUGAAUGAACAUGGUUGUGCUCCUGAUAGUCUUACUUAUGGUGCCAUGAUAAGUGGACUUUGCAAGGAGUCCAAAUUGGAUGAGGCUAGAAGACUCUAUGAGACAAUGAUAGAUAUGGGGCUUUCCCCAUGUGAAGUUACUCGGCUGACGAUGGCUUAUGAAUUUUGCAUGAAGGAUGAAUCGUCUGUUGCUAUGGCCCUAUUGGACAAACUAGAAAAAAAGCUAUGGGUUCGCACUGUGAGCACCUUAGUCAGAAAGCUAUGUGGUGAAAAGAAGGUGGACAUAGCUGAGCAGUUUUUUGACAAGCUAUUGAAUAAACACCAGAAUGUGGACCGUGUAACUCUUGCGGCAUUCAUGACUGCUUGUUAUAAUAGCAACAAUUAUGCCCUAGUUGCAAAUGUCUCUGACAAGAUAUCAAAGCAAAAAGGAGAAUCUAUUAGAUGAUGUUACCCAUCUCUGGCAAUUAAGAACAGCAAAACAGUGAAAAAGUCAAAAGUGGUUUUUUCGAUUAAGCUGUUG